UCUGUCGAAAAGCCUAGGGAUGAACAGAACGCAGCCUGGCAGAUUGGAUCCCAGCUCCAGUCAUCUCUUAGUCUUAAGUCACGUGGCCAAGAAGAAUGGGGUCAAGCAAUAAAAAGCCUGUAGACAUAGGUGCUGCCAUCUACCUGCUGCGAUUCCGGGCGUUCGGGGCAUUCUGGGAUUAGAAUUUACGCCAUGUUGGAAAUCGCUGUCUGAUAGUACUAUUUACAUCUUGCUUGUAAAUAAAUAGUUCGAGCAGUUGUUCUGGUUAAGUUUAAGGAUUCUCAACGUAGUUCAUGAUGAGUCCAGCUGAGACCAAGAAGGCUAAGAGAAGGAAAAACAAGAAGGUGGCACGUUCGCCAGCCAGAGAUCUGAUUGAAGGCGUAGGCAUGAAUUCAGAAGUUGACAAUACUGAUACAAGUAGACUGCAAAAUGAACAGGGCGGAGGACGUCCUUCUGCAGACAUUUCACCUGCGUCCUUGUGCAGCCUGAAGGAUAGCGUACCUACAUGUAUUAUCUGCUCGAAAGCCUACACUUCUAGCUCUGAACUUGGCUCUGAUGAGAAUAGGGACACCAUUGACCUCUUUGGUUCGGGACCUGUCUGGGUUUGCAGUGAAUGCAGAGACAACUUGCCAACAGAGGAAGCAUUACUGAAUGAUGAUAUUGACUUCCCUGCCAUUCGGUACCCAGAUGACCUGGAUGCAUCGACAUGUCUUUGUGAACCUUAUACUGGGUGGAGCAAGGAAACCCCGCCUUGUUGUGUGUCUAUUUGCAGAGCCUCAGAAGCUGAGCUUCUGUUGGAACAGCAGGAGCUGCGUGUCUGCUGGCAGGGAGUCAAGCAAGCCUUGCACAGAAUAUACCAGCAGGCUGGGUUAAGCUUGGGCGAGGCUCUUUCAAAGCAGGUAGCUGCCUUCCGAGACAAUAGCCUGGACACAACGGACGCGGAAGUGAAGCGAAUGGUCUCACGGUUAAGACGCAGCGAUCCACACAGGCUUUUCCAGUGCCUCAAGUAUCAAGCACAACUGUUUGUUGUUGAGUCACGCCUUAAAAUGCUCCGACAUGUGGUGGCAAGUGGCACGCAGUCUCUUAGCCAGGUGGAAGACUCCCUGGUUGGAGAAUAUGCAAAGUUGCAAUCUGCGUGGGAAGCCAUGAACCCUCUUCUUGACGACCUGGGCAUCCCUGACGUCAAGAAGUGUAGCCUGUCUUGGGAGUUGAUGAACAAAUACCUUUUCCAGGCGAUAGUUUAUUCUGACCCAGCAAUUCAAAAGUGUCUCCCUGACCUGCUUAGUACUAAAAAUUCAGUUAAGUUUAAAGAGGAUCAUAAGGCUCUCUUAGAAUUGGACAGUGAGAUGGCACUCACAGCAAUUAGGUGGAGAAAAGUGCAACAAGUACUGGAUGAACCAGUUCAGUUUGAGCUUGCAGCAGUACCCAAGUCUCAGCAACUACUACAAGCACAGUGGGAAAGGGUUACAUCAGGUUGGAAGGCACUGGACCAAGAUGCAAUAGCUAAAUCUAGCUGCAACCUACCUGAGCACUGCCCAUUUGCUGAAGCCAACCUGCAGACAUCAGUGUUAGCAGCUGGAGAGCCCUCAGCAACACAGCUCAUGGCUUCAGUGCCUCCACUAACCCUUCACCGGCCAUCCAUAGCGUGGGGUACACUAGGGGAGGUACCUCUAUGUAAACCUACGCAACCACUCUCCUUGGAGGCCAUUGAGGUCAAAGUAACGGAUCCUGAGAGCAAGAGUCAGAAGGGUGAAGUGCCAUGUGAGUGCCACGCCUGCUCACAGCUUCAGUGUCCGUUACCACCUCCAUCGCCUGCACCAGCAAAGCCUAUGAUACACCCCCACUUGUAUAGUGGUGGCAGUGCCCCUCCUAGAGGUAUUAACCUAGAGCUGGAGUCCUUGGACACGCUGCAGCAGCAGGCGUACCUAGCCACACUAGGAGACUGGGAUGACAGUCACUACAAGCUGCCUCCCCCACCUCCUCCUCCUCACCACGGACUUCCAGUGCCUCCCACUACAGUCACCUCCUCGAGUGCUGAUGUCAGGGGACUUCCUUUAGCAUCCUGUCGGCAUUCAGAUGAAGGGGCCUGCUUGGACUCUGACUGUGAUAAUGCCUUAUUGGAUGGUGAAGACUCUCUCGAUGACACCUGCUCAGAGCACAGUUCAUCGACGACAACCUCAAAUCAGCGAGGGGGUAGCGGUGGCGGCGGAGAGAGUCGCGUGUGUGACUGCUGCUAUUGUGAAGUAUUUGGCCAUGGGGCACCACCUGUGGCCCCUGUCAGCAAAAAUUACCAGGAGAUGCGAGACCGCUUAAGGCAGAUCCUUAGUAAACGCAAGGCUGAAGCAAUUCAUGCAACCAAAAAAGGCCAUGCGGAACAGAGGCAUGAAGACGACAGAGGCGUGGACGAGUUGCUCAAUUACAUUAACGGCACAGAUGGAGGUGAAAAGCCUGAGGGAAAAAGUGCUUCCAGACGGCACAAGCGGAAGACCAAGCGGAGAGAUGAAUGUGACAAGGGGAAAGAUGCAGCAGAGUCAAAGUCUCACAGCCCCUCUCCGAUUUCAAGGCUAGUUGAAGAGGAGCCUGAACAUGCAAAUCAGUCACAGCCACCUCCAAAGGCAAUAGUGAAUGUGAAGGAGUCGCGGAAAGAAAAUGGCAUUAGGUUGAACAGGUGCAUCAAAAAUAGUUGUGGAAGUAGCAGUAGCAGCAGCAACAGCAGUGGCAGUUGCAGGAUGAAUCAUUGUGCAAGGGCAGAGAAGAGAGAACCCUCUUCAGUUUCAAAUCAAAGUCUGGUGCCUAAUUGCAGAGUGCCCAUGUCUUUAACUGACAGGGCGUUAAUAAUUGAGGCAUCCAAGGUUUCUACAGCACCUAGCUUCACAAGCAGAGCUAGCCCCCGGAAGAGUCAAGCAGAAGGUACAAGUGCCCCCCACGUGACAGUACUCAGCAAAGUAGCAAACUGCCAUUCGGAAACAUUAGCUACACCUACAAUGGAUCAGCAGAGGAAUAAUGUGAAGAAGGACACUGCACAAGGAAGUGAAAGCCAGAUCAUUACAAAAAACAAGAAGUCAAGAAAAAAGAAAGGUUCUUCAGAAGAUGCCACAUCACCAGAUGAUGUUUUCUUGCCCAAAGACAUUGAUCUGGAAAAUGGGGAGCUGGACGAACUGGAACGUGAAGUGGAAGCCUUCAAACGGUUUUGCUUCAACUCUGUUCCUGUUGCAAACAAAGAAAAAGUGCAUGUCAACCUUAAGGACAUUUUGGUGCGACGAAAGCCAUCCUCUGCAACAGUGCUCUCUCCAGGAUUGCUGCAGAGAACGUAAAAGCGUCCAGGUUUUCGCAGUGUCGACAACACAUCUUCUUCCCUGCAUUUUGUGGCUCAGUCAUGAGGGGAUUAUUAAUGUCCUAUAAAUUUUAAUGGCACAAAGAAAAUGAACUCCAGAAUUUCUAAACAGCAGCCAUCGUUAAAUCACAAAGAAUAAAAAUUGUGGAGCA